GAAUGGCCGCUGAGCCUAUGGAAGAGGACGAUAGCUUCAAUGAUCCACUACCUAGAGCUGUACCUUUUCCUCGACAUUCUGUAACUCAGACUGCUGCUCCGCUUUCAUCAAAACCUGUAGAUUCUGAUCCUGAUUCAGAUGAUUCUUUUGAAACUUUUGCACCGACACAAACAACAACAGGAAAUUCACUGAAAAGUUCAGCAAGCAGUACACAAUCUACGGAAGCUAAACCACCUCCUGUGCAAUUCCCACCACCGUCCAAAAAUCCUCCAAAACACGUACAUCAACAAAACGUUUCAAAAUCCCCACUGAUUCCACAACUUCCGCGAAAUCAAGUUCCGACUCGACCUCAAAUAAAUACAGUUCAAUCUGUACAACAGAAACCAUCAGCGAGUGCCACUGGCAGAGUAGGAAUAGGUGUGCAUUCAGCAGUUGCGAAUACCAGAAAUGGUGUGAUGACAAAAAGUGCGGCAAAAAAUAAUUACCAAACAACAUCUCAGGCGCCUGCCUCGCCAAACUCAUUGGCUAGACACAGAAGUGCUAACUCUGGAUUGAGAAACGCAGCAAUCCAUACGCCGUCCAUGCGAGUUGCCAACAUGUUUGCAACACGGACAACACCUCCAUUCGAUACUUCAUCAAGGCCUUCUACGCCAAGUGGUGACGUCAUAAUGCUUCGAGAUCAGCUGGAAAACGAGAAACGAAAAGUUUUAAGGCUACAAGCAGACUUCCAGAAAGACGUGCAUAAAAAAGAGGAAGAACACUUGCGACAUCUGGCUGCAAAAGAUCUGAUAAUUGAAAAACAGAAAAAAGAUUUAGAAAUGAUGAAAUCGUCGAUAGCAUGUCGAAAAUCGGAAAUAUAUUCAACGCCGAAGACUACAGUAACCCAAAACUUCCCUACGAACCGACAAAGUUCGACAGCAAUGAUUUCGCCAUCAUUACAUCCAAUCCCUGAAAUCAAAAAGAUUUAUCCGAAAAUUCCUAGUACUGAGCAUAAAUCAUUCAAGACUCCACCUAGGCAUCCUGUAUCACUUGGAAAUAUUUCUGUUUUUCGACAUCCAUUUAAAGAAAACGAUGAAGAUACAUUUCAAGUUGAUACAAGUUUUGAACCAUCUGCCACUUCUACACCAAAGUUUACUGGAAUUCCAAGAACUGGGCUCCGGCGACCUCUAGAUCUCGGUGAAGCCGGUUCUUCGAAUGAACAUAAUCGUGGAGCUCCAACUCCGAAAAGAAAACCAGUAUUCAGAAAAGAACGGAAAAAGAGAACGCAUGAAGAAAUACAAGAGGAACUUCGGAAAAUUUGGGAAGAAAUUGGAAUUAAACAUUCGAUGAGCGGACAAGUUUCUCAAUUUUUCCCACCUAAAUCAGUGAAGAAAGAUGAGGAAAAUGAAGAAGAUGGUGAUGAUCAAGACUGGAUCGACCAUCAUCUUGCACGGAACUUCCGACGAUUAGAAUGCCGCAAAAAAACUGAUACCAAUCUGCACAGAAGCUUCAGAGAUAGAUCGGAAAAAGUUAUCCCUGCAAAGACUAGAUCGAAAAUUCUUCAGCAGGUCGAACAGAAGCCCGAUAUGAAGAAGAUGUGUGGAAUAUGUCGGAUAGAUGCUCCGAGUUCCGCUGAACAUCUGAACAGUAUUUUGAAAAAGGAAUGGGAGCUUGUAGAGGAUCAGAAGCUUCAACUUUCUAGAAAACGUGCCGAGGAGCUUCGACUACUUCAUUACACAUCUUUGGUUAGUAGUAUUAAUCGGAAGGGAAUUCAAGAACUUGAUGGAGCAAGCAAGAAAAGUGAAAUUGUUGAACAAGAAUUCCAAAAAAGAUUAGCUGAAAUUGAGCAACGAAGUCUAGAACAAGUUCGAAAUGAGAAACGAGAGCAAUGGAAAUCAAAAAUUAUGGAUGAACUGACUGAGAAAGGAGAGUUAUUGGCGUUUUUUGAAUUAACAAGUGACGGUGGCAGAAAUGAUGAUUAUAUCUGGACUGAAGAUGAAGAUGAUGAAGAUUGGUGGUAUCCAACCCCAUACAAUCAUCCAAAAUCUACUCUUUGUUCUCAAUGUGCCUUCCGUCAACAACGUCAACGAAGAAUUGCUAAACGUGAACGAGAACAGGCUAAAAUCAAAGUGUCGUGUCUGAAGGAGUAUGGAAUUGAGAAGAGAGAAAGUCUACGAAAUAUGUCAGUUCUAACGAAAAGUCGUAUCGAAGCAGCAGACAAAAGUCUGUUCCGGGAGAACGAGGUUUCUGGCGGAAGUCCCGAUUUCAUGAAUAUGGAUACAGGAGAAGAAGAGGACGAAGAGGAUAUUUUCUAACGUCGAAGUUAAUUCCAAUGUGCCAUAAUCCAUACAUUUCAUUUUCAAUUCGAUUCGAAAAUGGUUUCCAAAUCGAACAAAAAAUCCCACUCAGCUUUUUAGAUUUAUAUGUUUCAUUUUAAAAAUUUAUGUUUUUAAUUGCCGCCCGCUCAGCUCAUUCCCUGUAUUUUGAAUGUUAUUCAGUAAUAUUUGUCUCAAGAUCUCUGUGGUCACUUCUUUUUUUUCUUUAUCUCCUGUGAAAUGACCGGUUUUGCAUAUGAAGAACUAUUUACCUUU